GAUCUGUAGGUUAUAUGUUUUACUGUCAAUCUUUGAAUGAUGGAUUCUGGAUCUAUCCAAUUAUUAUUUACUACUGGCAAAAUAACCCGAUUAUUAAAACAAACAGUUGUCGAUAUUGUCAUUUUUCUAUGUAAAUCCUGGGAGACGGACACGCGACUGGUGCACGAUGGGAGAUGAAAUUACCAUUGGUUCACUAUGCAUGGUGUCCUUUCGCUGAUAUGCACGAUUAAGGUGAAAAAAUGCGCGAUCGAAAUGGGUCAAUAUAUUUCCCGUUAGGUACCUUGGUACUCGCAGUAUACCCCAAGGAGAGUGUAAAAUACUUUCGCGCAAUAUACACUUUGUUAAUGCAAAAAUGAAAUAAGAAAUUGACAAAGCACGUUAAGUGUAGAAGUCAAUGUAUUCAAACACAUGGAUGACGUAAAUACUGGAUUGUGACAAUGACUUUGAUCAGCGUCAACGGUGGAUUUACUUUUGUAUCUGAUGUAAAAUUGCAUGAUAGACAUUACAAAUGAAAUAAAGUUAACAGGUGUGUCGUAUGGUCGCAAUUUCGUUUGAUCAGUAUGGACAAACGGACCGAAGUGACAAAUGUACAGCAGUUGAACAAUGGGCCGGAAAGUAUUGAUGUAAACUCUACACCCAGUGUUCUUUCGAAAAGAGUGAAAGGAUAUUUAACGUUUGAAAAUGAAUGUCAUAGGAAGAACUUCAUUCAGUCGUGUUGUGUUUAUUUUAACUUUAUCCUCUUGGGCUGGACAUAUGGACAACUUGGCACAGCUUUUCCCGACUUACAACUCAUUCUGAACACUAACGUGGAACAAACGUCACUAGUGUUUACAAUGAAUUCAGUUGGCUAUAUGGCUGGGAGUGUUGGCAUUGGUUUUGUUUACGAUAGAGUUAGUCAUCUAAAACUUCUUGGAGUUCUUUCAGUAGUUAACGGAGUAACAAGUAUUGUGUUACCAUGGUGUAAAUUGUUUGGAUUAUUUCUCGCAGUGAGGUUUAUCGAUGGCUUUCUGUGUGGAGGGCGUGACGCAGGUGGUAACGCCAAGGUAGCUUCCUGUUGGGGAACAGAAGGGAGACAGUACAUGCAGGCAUUACACUUCACUUAUGCUUUGGGUGGAAUUAUAUCACCCUUAGUAACAAGCCUCUUCCUUGCACCAAGAAUACACAUACCAUCAACAGAAAACAUAACGUUCGAGAAUGUCACAUAUUCCUCCGAUGACAGAAGUGAAAAUACCACCACAGACUUUUUGGGCUUGAAACCCGUUGAUGACGCUGUAUUGUACGGGGAAACAAAAGUUCACAUUGCCUUUGUUAUUACAGGACUGCUUACUUCCUUUUCUGGACUGCAUUAUAUUCUAUUGUAUAGGCAAGGUUAUGAUAAAAUCCCGCCAUAUUCCAAACCGAUCCAAGAGCAAAGAGUUUCUCCUUCAACCGAUUUAGGAAUGUCACGUGUGAACUUUACGCGCACACAAAGAUUUAUUUUCAUUGUUGUUUUAGGAGUUUCUGUGGUAUCGUACUCAACAGUAGAAUGCAAAUACCAGUCUUUUAUAAUGCCGUUUGUUCAGAUGCAGUUAAACUGGGGAAAAUCAAAGGGGGCACACCUGAUAUCAUUGCUAUGGGCUUUUUACGGCAUUGGUAGAUUUGCUGGUAUUUUCAUAUCACGGUUUUUAGUUCCCAGCUAUUUGCUGAUUUCUUUUCUUGGCAUGGUAAUCAUAGCUUCAUGUGGUAUGUGUAUUGCUUCAUAUUUCUUAAUUGACGCCGUCGUUUGGAUUAUGGUACCAUUGGCUGGUUUUGGUAUUUCAGUCAUAUUUCCAACAUUUAUAGUCUGGACACAGGAAAACGCCCUUAAAAUCAGUGGUAAAAUGGGCGGAUUUUUUCUUUUUGUUGGAGCCCUUGGGUUUUUUAUUGAUCCUUUGUACAUCGGUGUGUUGAUGGAGAAUGUCUCUCCCAUGUAUUUUAACUAUCUUAAUAUAGGAGAAGGCUUAUUUGCUAUAAUCAUAUUUUUGAUAUUACUAUAUUGGAUUGGUUUAUUGCGAAAACAAAAUACGACGUGAAAACUCAUAGGUACGCCGUAAAUAAAUAAUACAAAUGAAAAUAUAUUAGGUUAUAGGCAACAAAUAACAUCCACGUCAUAGGGAACUUUUUUACAAUAUAACAUUUUGAAAGCCUUUUGUCUAUGGGGCGGCGUCCUAUUUUCUAAGAUCUAUGCGUUGGGGCGUUGUUUGUAACAGCAAUUAUUCCCUGUUAGUACAAAAAAUACAAUAAUUUCAUCAAAAUAGAAGUUCGGUUGUAGUUUAAAUGUUUAUUUAAUUUUGAAUACUUAUCCUUGAAAGCCAUUUACACAAGAAGAUUUUUACAAAUGUCUGCCACUUGGUGAGCAAGCAAAUCAUUUCCCCGUGAACAGAAAUGUUAUUAAGUUAUCUUUUUAUAUUCGCUUAAAACAAUUGUAGUCAAUGAAUUGUUUACUAUGUAAAAUGUAUUGUAUGAAAAUGUUGAGUUACACUACAUUUUUGAUUGAGAAAUUAGCAAAAAUACAUUAUACCUUUUCACUGUGUUUUAUACUGUAACAAUCUGUUCAGAAAAAAAUCAGAUGUAAGACACAAGUCAUUUCUGUUUUGUUUUUGUUUUUGUUGGGUAGAACCGCCUACAUUCCUGAAGCCAGCUAGAUGGCGUCCUCAUAGGAUGAAAUCAAGGUUUCGAACCCACUUCAGUUAGGGGCAAGUGACUGAAGGUCAACGAUUCGCACAAUCAAAGAGACACAGAAGUCACUUUGAAACAUUUAAUAGUAUAAAAAUAUAUUUAAAGUUACUUUCCGUAGAACAAUUAAAUAUCGUUACAGAAAAAAUCUACUUGAAGGUGGUCAAAUAAUUUUGUUUUCAAUUGAAGCAGUGAAAAUUGUUAAAAUCGUCGUUCAUUCAAAGAUUUCGAUGGGAAAUACCACGAAACCUCUAACUGCCGGCCACGAUUCUUAGCAAUAAUAAAAAUAGCACAGUGAGAUG